UUAAGCAACAAGACGAAGAGAAAGACGGACAGAGAAGGAUAAAAUAAGAAGAGAUGUAUGUACUGUAAACCUUGAUAGAAAAAAAACAGAAAAAAACGAGACAGUGUAACUGAGAAAAUAAUAACAAAAGAUUAGAAUUGUGUGUGAAAAUGGCUGCGUUGACAAUGGCGCAAGACCAGUUUGAGGCAGAUUUUAGAGAAGAGUUAUUUAAAAAGUAUCAGCAGUGUCCGAAGUACUUGAUGCCAAAGAAUGUGUAUUGUAACAACAUUGAAGAACAAAAGACAGCAUCCCAGAACCCAUCUUCCAAGUCUCGGCAUGAAUAUUACAUUCUCCAGAAGUGUGAAGGUCUUCAGUAUGGAGGCAUUGAAAAGCUAAUCAAGAGUGCAAAAUUGGGGACAAUUAUACUAACAUCACAAAAGAAGCUCUUGAAUUAUUCAAGUCUUAUUGCAUCAUAUGCUAAGAAAAGAGGAAGCGAAAUAAGACUACUGGGGUUUUGUGAAGCCCGUCUUGGCCAAGUUGACCUUUUAGAUAUGCAGCCAUUGCCUCAGGCUCAAUUCAAGUGGAUCAUGGUCUACCAGUACCAGAAAAUGACUUGCUCGCCCUCUUUGCUAACCCUUCAGAAGACGAACUUCUUGCUCAAGAUCCCCAGCCUCCACCAGCAUCUGCAGAACCAGCCCCCACCUAUUAGCCUGCACCUGCUCAAGAUUGCCCGACCCCACCAGCAUCUGCGGCACCAGCCCCUACCUCUCAGCCAACACCUGCUCAAGACUCCUAACCUUCACCUCUUACAAAACGCCAGUGUGAGAUAA